UGCAAAACUCGCUGCUUAUCAGGUUGGCUAGGGAAACUGCUCUGCUUCUUCCUCUCUCUGUCUCGCCCUGACUUUGUACGUUCAUUGUCUAUCUCUUUUUUGCCUGUUUGGCUGCCAAGAAACUUGGACGAGUUGAAAUCACUGCCGCCAUGUGAUAGUUAACUAUUAGAAAUUGCAAGCCGCUUGUUGCAGGCGUUCCUAAUGCACCUUUGACUAGCUAUAGAAACUGAAGGGUUCUAUAUUGUAAAUGACAAAGGAGAGAGUUUACAAUGCUUUUAAGGCAACAAGAGCUCUAGGUAUUCCUGAUGAAGAGGUGAAGCCUGUGCUGAAGAAGCUUUUGAAGGUGUACGAUAAGAACUGGGAACUUAUUGAAGCAGAAGACUAUAGAGCACUCAUAGAUUCAUAUUUCGAAUUGAGGGAAACUGAGGUAAUUAAAGGUGAGAAAAAGAGUCCUGCAGAAGAUGAUGCAUCUGAGAGAGCUUCAAAGAGAGCUUCAAAGAGAGUGUGUUCUCAAGAGCAGGAAGAUCAGGCUUCAUCUACAUUGGAUGGCACGUCAAUAAAUAAUCUUGAACCGGCAAUCAGAAAAUCACCUCAGUUAUGUGCUGAAUCUAGUUUUUUAUUUCCUAGCAGACAGUCAAGUCAAAAGAAGGAUCCCUUUCCAAAUGAAAGGGUUGAGAGAGGUAGAAAUUCACCUUCUCCAAGAUUACCCGGACUUCAAUAUUCUAAACAACCUAUUCUUGAAAGUGGCUGUUCUUCUCUUCAAAGAAAAAAGGUUUCCAAUAAUUGUCCCAUCAGAGAUCAUAUUAAGAAUUCUGCAUAUUGUUCAGAACCUGAUUCAGUGAUCCAACUAGGUACAUUGGAGCUUGCUUCAACUCAGAAUAAUGUUACACAUUAUUUGGCAUCUCAACAUAUAACUGAUAUAUCAAAAGGCACGGAGAAUAUAAAAAUUUCAUUGAUAGAUGAUUUAGGUAAUGGGGAUCUCCCAAAAUUUAUGUACAUGCCUCAUAACAUAAUUUAUCAAAAUGCUCACAUGCAAAUUUCUCUGGCUCGGAUUGCGGAUGAGGAUUGCUGUUCAAGUUGUUUAGGAGAUUGUCUUUCAUCUCCAUUACCAUGUGCAUGUGCUAGUGAAACUGGUGGAGAGUUUGCUUACACACAACAAGGCCUUCUAAAACAGGAAUUUUUAAGAGAUUGUGUUUCUAUGAAGGUAGACCCUCAAAAGCACCAUUAUGUUUUUUGUCAAGAUUGUCCAUUGGAGAGAUCCAAGAAUGAGGAAAUGCCUGAACAAUGCAAGGGACACCUGCUUAAAAAGUUCAUUAAAGAAUGUUGGAGAAAAUGUGGUUGUGACAUGAACUGUGGAAAUCGAGUGGUACAAAGGGGCAUCACUUGCAGCCUGCAGGUAUUUUGUACUGGUGAAGGUAAAGGCUGGGGUCUUAGAACACUUGAGAGCUUGCCCAAAGGAGCCUUUGUUUGUGAAUAUGUUGGAGAAAUACUGACGAACAUGGAAUUAUUUGAGAGGAAUGAAAAUAGCGGGAAUGAGAGGCAUACAUACCCAGUUACACUUGAUGCAGACUGGGGUUCAGAAAGAAUUCUAAGGGAUGAAGAAGCACUUUGUUUGGAUGCAACUUUUAGUGGAAAUGUUGCAAGGUUUAUUAAUCAUAGAUGUGACGAUGCAAAUUUGAUUGAUAUUCCAGUUCAAGUAGAGACUCCCGAUCGGCACUAUUAUCAUCUUGCAUUUUUCACUACAAGAGAAGUGAGUAAAUUGGAAGAACUGACUUGGGAUUAUGGGAUUGACUUUGAUGACCGUGAUCACCCAAUAAAGGCAUUUCAGUGUUGUUGUGGAAGUGCUUCCUGCCGAGAUGUGAAAAGAAAAAGGCGUAGAAAUGGGAUCACUCGCAGACGAGGCGACAACUAGAGUAGCGUAGCGAACUCAUGCAUGCAAUGAUUGAUAAAGUCAGCGGUCAGCGAAAGUAAUUGGCGACACUUAGAGAACUUGGGAGAUUAUCACAGGCUUCUUUUCUUGAUAACGAUCUUUUUGUUUAUUUUGCCAUUUUAAGUUAAAAGAUUCACAACUGUGGAUCUCAAAAAAAAGGAGUUCUGAUCUCUUCUCAGUUGUUUCAUUCAUGAGGUAAUGGAUGCAUAUCGAAUAUAUUUAAGUUUCCUAAGUGGAAGAUAAUUUUUAUUUUAAAUUAAAAAUUAAAA